AUGCUUCUGCCCGGAGAUAAAAUUGUUGCAGAACAGAGGCUUGGUCCAGGCAUAAUUGCACCGCCUCUAGAGGAGCCUAGAGUUGUUCUUGCGGGCGAGGAUAGCUGGUCUGACAAGGUGGUAUUCAUAAACACAAACACUAAGCGGUAUACUCCGGCGAAUCGGGACUACGUAGUUGGGGUCAUUUCGCAGCGAUUAGCAGAUGUGUACAGGGUCCGGCUCCAAGAGUACAGCAAGCCCGUCCGGCUUUCACAUUUGGCAUUUCAGGGAGCCACGAAAAAGAACAAGCCAAACCUUAAUGCCGGAGACGUCGUCUAUGGCCGCAUCACUCAUUGCGACAAAGACACAGAGGUUGAGAUGGAGUGCGUGGAUUCGUCUAGCGGUAAGGCGAUGGGAUUUGGGCAACUCAAAGAAGGAAGCAUCAUAAGUGUGGGUCUUGGCUACGCACGCAAACUUCUUUUUGACGGCCAUCCUGUUUUGGACGCUAUUGGAGCUAAGCAUCAGUACGAACUGGCCAUUGGUAUGAACGGGCGCAUCUGGGUAAAGGCAAACGACGAUAAAACUACACUGGCUAUCCGCAAUUGGAUCAAAGAAGCCGAAACCAAAGGAGCACAGGCUGUAAACCUUGUAAAGUAA